AUGGAAUUCGAAGCGCAGAACCUGGAAGAGGCAGCUUUAAAGAAGGACUGUAAGACGCUGUACAUCAUCAAUGGCAGCAAGCGUAAGUCCCUAACUAAUUUUAUUCGCAGCAGCUGCAACGAACCCCUUCAAGUUUCAGAAAGCCGUCAUAGCGGAUGAGG